AAAAAGCCUUAAAAAUGGGGGGUGGAAAAUCCCAGAAAUCUUAGUGUCAGUGAAACUACUGCUGGUUAUGGGAAGGGAUUAGGGACCGGUAUCAGGAGAGAAAAGUUUUUUAAUACUGGGUUUCCCAGCCAAAACCCCCAGGGCAGGGGGAAGGGAGUUGCCAUCUGACCUGACCCAAAGGACUCUUCCAGCGUGGGGCUGAGUCAGGAAGAAAACAGGACGGUUCCUUUAGUUUAGGGUGGGCCGGCAGGGUUCUCUGCCCAGAAGGCUGCAGCUGUUCCAGCCUGCAGCCGGCCAGCGAUUACACUGGAGGUCGUAUGUAGGGAGACCGCAGCAAGGCCAGCCCCUCAGCAAGGCCAGGAAGCCAUCCACUGGGAUCCUGGAUUUUACUCAUGGAUUAAACGUGGCAUUCCCUCCUUCCCCAUCCGUUACAGAUCUAAAAAUAGCUCGUCCCUGGGGAGCUGGGAAGCGGCUCCGCCUCUUCUUGGCGAGGGGUGGGGCGGCUGUCCUGGGCGCUCGAGGCACGAGAACGGCUGGCCGCGAGCUGCCGGCGCACGGAGGCGCUCUGGGCCCCGGGUCCCCGCAGGCUGGCGGCGCUGGCGUGGGCAGGGCGGGCGCUGUCCCCAGCGGCAGAGAACGCGGGGGUUAACGGUGGCUGGGGCAGCAUCCCUGGGCGGCAGACGGUGAGGAUUCCGGGAACUGCCUCUGCGCCGUCUGGCGGAGCCAGCCGGGAGGCGGGACCCGGGGCGAGGAGGGGAGCCCGAACCUCAAGACCUCUUCCCGCUGCCUCCGGCUCCGGGGACCCCACGGAUGCAAGCUGUGGAGCUGAGUGGAGUUCAGCAAACCCUGCUGAGAUACAGGGAGAAUUUAGGGUCUCCAAUUCUGACCCUGUCGUGAAUUGCUCUAAACCCUAUCAGCCCUUGCACUUUGGUCAAGAAAUCUCAGGCUUUUUCUCAGCUCUUUGGCCUGCUGCCGUGGCCUUGGUGGCACCCUUCUCUGGUGGUCAGCUCAGGACUUCCUCCGCCCAUGCAGUCCCCAGCUGCUACUGCUGAGGGCCUUAGCAGCCCCAUCUUUGGGGCCUAUGCAUUCCCCAUCUUCAAGUUCCAGCCUCGUCGUGAAAGCAUGGACUGGAGGCGCAUUAGCACCCUGGAUGUGGACCGUGUGAUCCGGGAGCUGGAUGUGGCCACUCUGCAGGAGAAUAUCACUGGUGUCACCUUCUGUAACUUGGACAGAGAGGUGUGCAGCCGCUGUGGGCAGCCUGUGGACCCAGCAUUGCUCAAGGUGCUGCGCCUGGCGCAGCUCAUCAUCGAGUACCUGCUGCACUGCCAGGAUUGCCUGAGUGCCAGCAUCGCCCAGCUGGAGGCACGGCUGCAGGCCAGCCUGGGCCAGCAGCAGCGCGGUCAGCAGGAGCUGGGCCGCCAGGCUGACGAGCUCAAGGGCGUGCGGGAGGAGAGCCGCCGGCGUCGCAAGAUGAUCAGCACCCUGCAGCAGCUGCUAAUGCAGACAGGCAGCCACAGCUACCACAUGUGCCACCUGUGUGACAAGACGUUCAUGAAUGCCACCUUUCUCCGGGGCCACAUCCAGCGUAGGCAUGCAGGCGUGGCAGAAGGUGGAAAACAGAAGAAGCAGGAUCAGCCAGUGGAAGAAGUGAUAGAAGAGCUACGGGCCAAGCUAAAGUGGACCCAAGGGCAGCUGGAAGCCCAGAGGGAGGCCGAGAGGCAGCGGCAGCUCCAGGAAGCGGAGAUCACUCAUCAGAGGGAAAUAGAAGCUAAGAAAGAAUUCGAUGAAUGGAAAGAAAAAGAGCACAUCAAGCUUUAUGGGGAAAUAGACAAGCUAAAAAAGUUAUUUUGGGAUGAAUUUAAAAGUGUUGCCAACCAGAACUCUACACUAGAAGAGAAACUGCAGGCACUGCAGUCCCACGGUGUGACAGAGUCCAACCUGGGAUCGCUGCGGGAUGAGGAAUCGGAGGAGCGAGUCCAGCAGACACGGGAGCUCCAGGCCCUGAGAGACAAGAUGGAAAUGCAGAAAACUGAGUGGAAGAGAAAAAUAAAAGAACUGCAUGAAGAGCACGUGGCUGAGAAGAGAGAGCUGCAGGAGGAGAACGAGCGGCUCCAGGCCUCCUUGUCUCAGGAUCAGAGGAAGGCAGCUGCCCAGUCCCAGCGGCAGAUCAGCGCCCUCCGCACCCGGCUGCAGGAGCAAGCCAGGCUCAUCGCCUCCCAGGAGGAGACGAUCCAGACCUUGUCCCUCAGGAAGGUGGAGGGGAUCCACGAGGCGCCUAAGGCUGCAGACACAGAGGAUUCUCCCGAGGAAGAGCUGGAGGACUCCCGAGAUGAGCAUCAGAAGGUGCUCACAGCCCUGAGGAGUAACCCCACCUUGCUGAAGCAAUUCAAGCCAAUCCUGGAGGACACCCUGGAAGAGAAGCUGGAAAGCCUGGGGAUAAAGAAGGGCACAAAGGGAAUCUCGGUUCAGACUCUCAGACACCUGGAGUCCCUGCUGAGAGCCCAGCGGGAGCAGAAGGCCCGAAGUUUUUCUGAAUUUCUGAGUCUGAGGGAAAAGCUCCUCAAGGAAACCACCAACAGAGUGAAGGAAAGACAGGAGCGUGGGGCUGUGGAGUCUCAGCCAGACGGCCAGCCUUCAGUCAAAAGCCAGUGGAGCACACUGGCCUCCAGAGAGGCCCAGCCAAAGACCAGGACCCUGCAGGUGGCGUUGCCGUCCAAGCCGGCAGAGCCACCCACACCAACUCUUCAGAGCCGUGGCAGCCGUGGCCCCGGCCCGACCCAGGUGUCCACCCCAACUCCACGCCCCAGAGUGCGUGGACCCUCCAGCACCCCUGCUUCCCCGGGGGCUGGGCCGAGCAGCACGUCCCCGUUCAGUUCUGAGGAGGACUCGGAGGGAGGCUCCAUGCAGCGUGUGCCUCGCCAGCCCCUGCGAGUUCCUUCCAGGGUGGUGCCCCGGCCACCGGAGGGUGACUGGGACUGGUCUGACACCGAGACCUCGGAGAACGCCCUGCCCCCUGGCAAGGGCUCAGGCGCCCUGGCUGCCUCAGGUACGCUGGUGCAGUCGAUGGUCAAAAACCUGGAGAAGCAGCUCGAAGCCCCGGCAAAGAAGCCUGCUGGAGGGGUCAGUCUGUUUUCAGUGCCCAGUGCUGGGCCACAGAGGGUUGCUGCACUGGGCAAGAAGCCUCAGCUUUCUGAAGAUGACAGUGACCUAGAGAUCUCUUCCUUGGAAGAUCUUUCCCAGGACCUGGACCAGAGAGAGAAACCCAAACCCUUGUCUCGCUCAAAGCCCCCAGAGAAGUCUGGCACUGGACCUUGGAGCUCUGGCCGACCCAGAGUCCCUGGCUGGUAAUCCUGGCCCAGAGCCUGGCUGGCCAGAGGAUUUGCCUUGUCACCUGGCUGCCGUCAGCUCAGGUCCAACCCCAGCAGAAGAGGCUGCCAGAUCUGUUGUCUUCACCAGCAACCAAGAGGUUUUCUCCUUGGAGAGAAACAGAGCAGGGAGUGGAUAUGAUCUCUUCCCUCCCUACCUGCGAGGGGCCCUGCCACAGAGGUGCAUCGGUGCCUGGCCGGGUGUCCCCUGGGUCCCAAGGCUUGAAAGAAGUUAUAAUAGGACAUUCAAGUAGUUUCCUUCCUUCACCUCCGUGGCCACUGCAGACUGAAAAGAGUUACUGAAUCUCUCUUCCCAAGCCUUUUGUAAACCUGCAAGAACACUGUGGAGAUGGAUUGUAUAUGGGGCUUUUUUGGGUACAUAUGCCUCAAGUCAUUCAGUUAUUGACCCAAAGGCAGUUAUUGAAUGCCUAAUGUGUGCCGGGUCUUCCAGCCUCUCACUGCUGAGCUGGGGUGCAUGCAGGGCUUGGGGGGGCAGAAUGUCUAUAGUCAGUGCCAGUCCGGGGUAGUAAUCUAGUGACAGACAUGAGGUGUUACAGAAGCAUAUAAGAGGCCACCCAACCCAGCCUGGGAUGAUCCUGGAGAGUUUCCUGGAGUCGCCUGUUCGUGGGUAGGAAGGAAGGAGGGCCACUUGGCUGGGACCUCUUAUCCCCAAAGGACCACACAUUUAAUUUUUGAUGUUAUUUCCAAAAUCAGGUUAUAUACAUAGCCAUUGUAUUUUUUUAGUAUGAAAAACAUUAAUUUAUUAUAUGCAAAUAUUUUUU